AGGUUGCUGUACUAAUGCACCUUCCUCUUUAGGCUGAUUACACACUGCUUCAGGAAAAGGUGAAGUGUUGAGUUGACAGAGAGGCAUUCUGAGCCAAAGCUUUUCAAGAGCAGAAUAGUGUUUUUGUUUUUUUUGUUUUCCCCUGCUGGUUCUUAGUCUCCAGAAGGCAUUUGGACAGCUUUUUGGGUCCUCAUAUUUUGUGACCUGCCAUGCCAUCUUACACGGUGACUGUUGCUACAGGGAACCAGUGGUUCGCAGGGACGGAUGAUUAUGUCUACAUCACGCUGGUGGGCACGGAGGGAUGCAGCGAGAGAACACUGCUGGACAAAGCCCUCUACAACGACUUUGAGAGGGGGGCGAUAGACUCAUAUGAUGUGAAAGUUGGUGAGAACUUGGGCGAUAUCGUGCUGGUGAAGAUUGAGAAGAAGAAAUAUUGGAUGCUGGACGACUGGUACUGCAGGUACGUCACUGUCAAGACCCCAAGUGGAGAUUAUGUGGAAUUUCCCUGCUUCCGCUGGCUGGUGGAUGACAAAGAAGUGGUCCUGCGGGAUGGACGAGCAUUUCUGCCUCAGGAUGAUAAAUCCAGCAUAGUAAAGCAGCACAGACAAAAAGAGCUGGAUCACAGAAGAAAAACCUACAGAUGGAAGGAGUGGCAGCCAGGCUUCCCUAUGAGCAUAGACGCAAACAGACACAGAGAUCUGCCCCGAGACAUCCAGUUUGACAGCGAAAAGGGAGUGGACUUCAUACUAAACUACAGUAAGGCAAUAGAGAACCUGUGCGUGAACAGCUUCAUGAACAUGUUUCAGACUUCAUGGAGUGAUUUUGCCGACUUUGAGAAAAUCUUUGUGAGAAUCAAAAACACCAUCUCAGAGUAUGUGAUGCAACAUUGGAAAGAAGACUUCAUGUUUGGAUACCAGUUUCUGAAUGGUUGCAACCCAGUGGUGAUCCAAAAAUGCACCAAACUUCCUGAGAAGUUCCCCGUCACUGAUGACAUGGUUUCUGUCAGCCUGGAGAGGGACAUGACGCUGGAGGAGGAAAUUAAGGCAGGUAACAUAUACAUCGUGGACUACGAAAUGUUAGAGGGCAUUAAGGCGAACAGCACGGACCCGUCCACUCUGCAGUACCUGGCAGCGCCGAUGUGUCUGCUGUACAGGAACCUGCGGAACAAGAUCCUGCCUAUAGCCAUACAGCUUGGACAGGAUCCAGAUGAAAACCCAAUCUUCCUUCCCACUGACGGCCAGUACGACUGGCAGCUGGCUAAGAUCUGGGUCCGCUCAGCCGACUUCCAGCACCACCAGAACAUCACACACCUGCUCCGGACACAUCUGAUGACAGAGGUGUUUGGUAUUGCCAUGUACAGACAGCUUCCAGCUGUUCACCCCGCAUUUAAGCUGCUCAUCCCACACAUUCGGUUUACUAUCGCGAUUAAUACCAAGGCCAGAGAACAGCUCAUCUGCGAGUGCGGAAUAUUUGACAAGGCAAAUGCAACAGGCGGAGGCGGUCACGUUCAGCUCAUCCAGAAGGCCAUGAAGACGCUGACCUACAGGUCUCUCUGCUUCCCCGACGCGAUCAAGAGCCGCGGCGUGGAUAGCACAGAGGAGCUGCCCACCUAUUUCUACAGGGAUGACGGCUACAAGGUGUGGGAAGCCACCAAGAGUUUUGUGUCCGACGUGGUGGGCAUUUACUACACCAGUGACGAGAGGGUGCAGGGAGACGAGGAAAUCCAGGCCUUCGUCAAAGACGUGUGCAGCUUUGGGAUGCAGGACUUCGACCACUGCGAGUUUCCCAAGUCUCUGAAGACACGUGAGGAGCUGAUAGAGUUCCUGACCGUUAUUAUAUUCACUGCUUCAGCCCAGCAUGCCGCUGUGAACUUCGGACAGUACGACUGGUGCUCCUGGAUCCCCAACGCUCCGUCUACCAUGCGCAAACCCCCUCCCAAGGAGAAAGGGCAGGCAGAUGUGAAACUGAUCAUUGAGAGCCUCCCCGAUCGCGGACGCUCCAGCUGGCACCUGGGGGCCGUGUGGGCCCUCAGCCAGUACCAAGAGAAUGAGCUGUAUCUGGGUAUGUAUCCAGAUGAACACUUUAUAGAGAGGCCAGUGAAGACGGCCAUGGAGAGGUUCAGGAAGCAGCUGGCAGAGAUAAGCAGCUCCAUCAAAAGGAGGAACGAGGGAAAGAAGCUGCCGUACUACAACAUGUCUCCCAACAAAAUCCCAAACAGCGUUGCCGUUUGAGGAGCGCAGCUCGCCUCGUCUAUACAUCAACCCGGCUUACCACUGCUGUGAAUUAAAAAGCAAGAGAAAUGAACGUUUUUGCAGCUACAGAAAAUGUAUUUGUGAUUCUGUUUUGUUAAGUUUGUGAACAUUUUGGGUACAGAUAUAAGGCAAUAACUUUAAAAAACAACUGGCCUGCUGCGGGUUUCCAUUUUGAAAUAGAAAUGCAAAGUUUGACACAAUCUGGAGGCGUCAGGCUGGUUGGUCAAUGACUAAACAAUAAAUAGUUCAAUCAGAACAGGCUAGAUGACCCAGCAGCUUUAACCGCCUCGUAAAGUAUUUAUUGCUGUAGAUAGUUUGACCUUUAUUUGAAGAAUUAAUUCAGAAUAUAAAUCCAACUGCACAUACUUAAAAAAAAGCCUUUUAGUCAAAAAUGUAAAAGAAGGUUUUCAGAUUUUUUAAGCUAAAAGCUUUAAAAAGAAGUAGUAAUUCAAUUAAUCUCAGCGUUUCAGAAUGAACAAAAUAAGAAGUCAAAGUCAUUACUUUGUAAAUUACUCUAAUAAUUUGAGUCAGUCUUUGAAGUAGCUCACCGUUUAUGGAUUGUUAAGAUUAUUUUUUCUGCUUUGCAACCCUACUUAAAGAAAUAUAUCAGUCUGAUGGCAUUGGAUCUGUGUGCUCUAGAUAUAAAACUUUAUUGGUUAUGUGUGUAGUUUAAGAGUCCAGUUUGCUACAAUCAUACCUCAUCCUGCCUGCUUUCUUAGAGGAAAGAAAUCCCAUUUAUUUUCUAUUCUGAAUUUAGUUUUUAUGUCAGUAUAAAAAUAAUGUUGCCAUAUAGCCAAGGAUCUACAUUAAAUUAAAAUCAUGGUAUAAUCUGUAGUUGCUGGGAGCUCUAUGUAAAUUCAGUGACUCAGUGCCAUCUGCUGGGCUUCCUUCUUAGUAAUUGACAAUAUAUGAUAGAAGGAAUUUGACUGUAUAAUAUUAAUAUUAUGAUCGAACUAGAAUGCUUGUAUAGAGAAUCUUUCCAUAUGAAUGGGUUGGUAUGAUUUACAUUGACCUGAUUAAUACUUCUGUACAACUAUGCAUGAACUGUACCCAUUUGUGUUACAUUUCACAUUUAGAUGUCAUUUGUUGUGGACAUCUAAUAAUAAUUAAUAAUAAAUAGAAUCUAAACACAAUUAAA